UACGGAAAGUCCACACAUUCUCACGGUUUGUCGUUCGCGUUGACCCCGAAGAGAGAGAAAACACACACACACACACACACACACACAUACACAAACAACAACAACAACAACAACCCGGGGGGGACGGCACGCAGUCACACCGGCUCAUGACACCCACAUAGACACACAGAGUAAGUCUCGAGGAGCGGAGGCAGCCCGUUCAAGCGUCACGUGACCGACGUCGAAGGCUUCAGUUCUGGGAUGCUAACAUGCUAACCUAGCCGGCGCCGUCUACUUCCUGGAAUGCCUAUGGGGGCUGCCAUUGGUUGAUGUAGCUAGCUAGCACUUAGCUACCUGUUAGCUACAUGUUAGCUACCUUUGCUACAUAAGAUGUGUUUUCUUUAUACAUGCUCAGCCUGGAUAUAAUAAUGGAUAAACCACCGUUCAGGCAGAACCAGAACCAGAGCUGCGGAGACUGGGAGCUGAAGGAGAGACUGGGAAUGGGCGGAUUUGGCUAUGUUUACCUGUACCAGCAUCACGAAACAAACGAAAAGCUAGCUGUGAAAAUGUGCCGUCUGGAGCUCACACCAAGGAAUAAGGACAGAUGGAGCAGAGAAAUCCAGAUCAUGAAAAAGUUGAAUCACAUCAAUGUCGUGUCAGCCCGAGACGUCCCGGAGGAAAUGAGGCACAUCGCCUUAAAUGAUCUGCCGCUGUUGUCCAUGGAGUACUGCUCCAGGGGAGACCUGAGGAAGAUGCUCAGCAAACCUGAUAACUGCUGCGGAUUGAAAGAGAGUGAAGUUCUUUCAUUACUCAAUGAUGUCGGAUCUGGUAUCCAGUAUCUCCACGAAAACAAGAUCAUACACAGAGACCUUAAACCUGAAAACAUAGUGCUGCAAGAUAUCAACGGGAAGCUGGUUCACAAAAUCAUUGAUUUGGGCUACGCUAAAGACCUGGACCAGGGCAGUCUGUGUACCUCUUUCGUUGGUACGCUUCAGUACCUGGCACCUGAGCUAUUUGAGAAUGAGCCCUACACUGUUACUGUGGACUACUGGAGCUUUGGCACGAUGAUAUUUGAAUGCAUUUGUGGUUUCCGUCCGUUCCUGCACAAUCUUCAGCCGGUUCAGUGGGCCAGCAAAGUGAGGAAUAAAGGUCAAAGAGACAUCAUGGCUGUCGAGGAACAGAACGGAGAUGUGAAGUUCUCCACAAAACUCCCCUACCCCAACAGUCUCAGCAGGACAAUGUUGGAGCCAAUGGAAGGUCUUCUUCAGCUGAUGUUAAAGUGGGAUCCUGUCCAAAGAGGAGGCAUAGUCGACAGCGACACCAGGAAACCCAUGUGCUUUGAUAAACUGGAGGAUAUACUGAGUAUGAAGAUCGUCCACAUCCUGAACAUGACCACAGCUCAGGUCCACUCCUUCCAGCUGACUCCGGAGGAAAGCCUCCACAGUCUGCAGAAGCGCAUCGAGGCCGAGACCAAGAUCGAGGUGGUGAACCAGGAGCUGCUGCAGGAGACGGGAGUGUCUCUGGACCCCAGGAAGCCCGCUGCACAGUGUGUCCUGGAUGGAGUGAGAGGCUGGGACAGCUACAUCGUCUACCUGUUUGACAAGAGCAUCACCAAGUACUCCGGGCCACUCAGUGCCAGACAACUGCCUGAUAAAGUCAACACUAUAGUGCAAGAGGCGAAGACGCAGCUGCCCCUGGUGGCGCUGAAGAAGGUUUGGGGUGAAGCGGUGAGCUACAUCUGUGGGCUGAAGGACGACUACAGCCGGCUUUUCCAAGGACAGAGGGCUGCUAUGUUGAGUCUCCUGCGCUACAACACCAACCUGACCCGUUGUAAGAACAGCAUGUUUGGCUUCUCUCAGCAGCUGAAGGCCAAACUGGACUUCUUCAAGAGCAGCAUCCAGUACGACCUGGAGAAAUACAGCGACCAGAUGCACUACGGCAUAUCCUCUGAAAAGAUGCUGAAAGCCUGGCAGGAGAACGAGGAACGAGCUGCUGCUUUUGCACAGGUGGCAGAGGUGAGCCAUCUGGAUGAUGAGAUCAUGGCUCUGCACUCGGAGAUAGUUGAACUUCAGAGGAGCCCGUACGCUCGACGCCAAGGAGACAAGAUGGAGCAGCUAGAAGAAAAGGCGAUCGAGCUCUACAAGCAAAUGAAGAUGAAAUGCAAAAUACCCGAGCCAGAUGUGAGCAGCGACAGCUCUGAGAUGGUGAAGGCCAUCAUUCAGACCGUCCAGAACCAGGACAAGGUCCUCAAAGACCUGUACACCCACCUCAGUAAGAUCCUGAUCAGCAAACAGAAGAUCAUCGACUUGUUUCCGCGGAUCGAGAAAACCCUGGAGAGCAUCAAAGACGCCGACAACACCGUGAUGCAGAUGCAGAUCAAGAGACAAAGAGAGUUCUGGCAUUUACUGAAGAUCGCCUGCGCUCAAAACCUGACACGAAACUCGAUAGCAACGAGUCCUGAGUCGUCCAACCUGCUGCAGGUUUCUCAGUGGUCCCAGUCGGCCCAACCAGUCAGCUCCCCACAUCCCCUCACCUCCCUACCCGGGCCCAAUGACAGUGACGCAGCGCCACGUCUGCUACAGGAGAACGAGAAAUACCUCAGUCAGCUGACCAGCCUGAUGCAGGAAGCUACUGAUGAGCAGGCCAAGAGCAUAGUGGACCAGGACUGGAGCUGGAUCAAAUACGAGACCUUAACAACAAAGUUAAAAAAGAGGAAUGCGUAAGCGUAAGCGUUUCGGUCGUGUCCUUCCUUCCCCGCCUCGCUCCGAGUAACACUAAAGACUGUGAGCCGCCAACACGAGCAGAGCGGCGUUAAAAACUCUGUACAGUCAAACACGGACUCUGGAUAUUCUCUUAAAAAAAAAAACGACUCUCCAGACGGAGUUCACGGCGUUUCGCUCAGCUUCGUCCAUCCGUCCACUCCUGUCGUCUUUGAUGGAUCUUCUUGUUUUUACAUGAGGAAAACAAUGAAGCUGUGUCACUCUACUUACAUUUUUUUCUUCCUGUUGCUGCACAAUAUACACCAUAAUAAUUCAAAACAUCUGAUGAUUAUCAUUAUUAUUACUGUAAUUGCAAAAAAAGAAAAGGGCAAACUGUAGCAUCAGAUCUGAGGAAGAGGGACAGAAACAUGUGAACGAGUUCAACCGUGAGACAUAUGAGGAAAACACAGGAAGUGGUGGGGGGUGAGGGGAGGGGUCGAGGAGGAAAUUACAAUCAAGCAAACAGCACUUUGAUACUCCCAUGUGUCCUCUCUGUGAAGACGGGAGACAUUUUCCAGGCUGCAAAAAAAAAAAACGGUUGCAGAAUAUCCAGAUUUACAAAUGCAGUUGAUAUGUUAUUAUCAGUCAUAAUCAGUUUGAUAUAUUUCACUUUACACAGUCUGGGGGUUUAGAUUCUAUGUAAAUGUUUAGUUUUUUUAUUAAAGUGUUCUGUAUCAUAGGCAGAAGUCUUUUGUCAUAGUGACAGUCGUGGCUGGCCAUCAUGUUUAUAUAAUGUCUACAGUGUACAUCUCAUUUUUUUUUUUUUUUUAUUGUCUAUCGGAUACAAAGGGGUUCUGUUGUCUCAUUUAUAUUCACACAUUAUUUCACUGGAUGCUUCAUGCUGCGUUCAUGUCAUAAAAGUGUUGAAACUGCAAAGGAUGGAGAGUUUUCAUCCACUGCUGUGACGUGAAUAUUAGGAGAUAUAUAGUGAAACUGCUUGUUUAAUAGUUCCCAUAUAUUUAUAUAACUUUACUAAUCGAAACAACAGUCUGAAACCCAAAGAUGAACAAAUUAAAAUCAUAUAAAACAGGGAGGAAGUCACAUUUGAGCUCUUUUUUUUUUUUUGGGUUGAAAAAUCUCAGAAACAAUCAACAGUUAAAACAGUCGCUGUAUAUUCAAUCAAUCGAUUAAUCAACUGAUCAUUUCAGCUCUGGUCGUAAAAACUUUUUUCCCCCUUCUUUUUAAAAAAAAUAAUUUAUUGAUCUUUGACAUGAACGUGUCAUCAGAGCACAGUCUGCGUCUUCAGUUGAUCCACAGUGAAAUCAAUGAGAGUGAUUGGAAACCAGCGUCGUAAACGGUUGAAUGUACUGCAGGUUCAGGUCGGAACUUUGGACCCUCGGAGUUUGUAUUUAUGAAGUUGAAGUGCAAUGGAAAAAGUUGUUGUUUUUGUUUUGUUUUGUAUUUAAGUAACUCAAUUUGUUCGUUUUUCUUUUCUUUCCAUUUAAGUAUUUGUUUCCAUCUGAUGGUUUAAAUUUGUGUCUGAAUGUUUAAUUUUUAGAAAUGUCAUUGUAUAAAGAUCAAAUGUUUGCCUGGUAAUAAAAUAAAAUGACUUU